AUGAGGCAGAGGGGGAGGCCGGAAUCGCAUGAGGUGAUGCCGCCCGGGGGAGCCCGACCGAUAGGCAAGCCUGACGCCGGAGUCGAUCCGACCCCCUGUGCCGGCGUCAGGGUCGGGCCGACAGCUUUUCCUCCCAUCGCCGGACCGCCAGCCGAAUCCGGCGGGAUCGGACGGUGCCAAGCCGACGAAUUGCACCCGCAAGGUCGCCCGAAUGUGAAAUCGAUGAUCGGUGCCGGCAGAAUCACGCGGGACCUGGCGGCACAAGCCAUCAAGAUGACUUCGACGUGGAGCAAGGAAGACCAAGAGCAGAAGGAACGACUAGAGCAAGUAAUUCAGAUAAUCGAUGGAUAUCGUCAGAACCUAGUCGACCGCCCAUCCGGAAAGACCAACUCAGCAGAAAACGAAGAGUUUUUCCCGUUCGAGCUAAUCACCCAACAGAACCCAUUCUCGACACACCGUAACUCGGCGAACGGCAAGCUAGCAGGAGGGGAAAACUUCUUCAAGGUGUGGAUAAUCGAUUGCGAUCACUCCAAGUUCAUCUCGACCCUUUUUCAGUUCAUCAGAGCAAAUAUAUAUCUCAACCGGAACGAGAGCGAUAGGGAAGCCAUCAAACAUCUGAAAUCUAUCAAACCCAUAACACGCAAUCACCUUGAUGAAUCUGAUGAUGAAGGAGGCAGACGAUCGGAGAAUCGAAUUUCGAUCCUCCUGGCAAAAGAAAGCUCGAUAACGUUCCAGGAAUUGACAGAAAAGCUGUACAAACACCCAGUCUUACGCGUGCUGCUUGAGCACUCGACGCCGUACCGGAUCCGGGUACCCUCGAAGCGAACGCUAUGCGAGCACCACUGGAGCCAAGCGCACGGAGAUGGCCCGAAAGAUAGUGAAGGGGAACGGAUGAUAAACCCGGCAGGGUGGCCGGUGGUGGAGCUUGAUGAGACGGCCCAGAUGAACAUGAUGUCGGCGACGAUGAAGGCCAACCAACGCAUCCUGCAGCGUCGAUGGUCCGUCGCGGAGAUUAGCUGGCUCUUGACACAGGCCCGUCUAGUGGCCGAGCUCGCGCUGAAAUCUAAGCUGGAAGCAGGCGAGGUCGGUGUCGGAGCUGCGGUGUCGAGCUACUCGCUGGACCCGCCGGAAGAGCUGGCCCAUCUAGUGAUCAGCAUCCCACAGUCCAAGCACCAGCACGGGACGGUAGAGAACCCGAUCCUGCUCACCGCCACUGACGCCCGGAGCUCGACCGCCAACCCUCUCAGACACGCCGUUGUGGAACUAACUAGUGUCGUCUCGUCACGGGACCUGGCCCAGCCGAGGAGACCUGAGACAGCGCUUCAUCCGGUACCCUACCUGCUCACCAAUCAGGUCGUCUUCCUCACCCACGAGCCCUGUCUUCUCUGCGCCAUGGCUCUUCUUCACAGUCGCAUCAAACAUCUCUUUUUCCUCCUCCCCUCCCCAGGCUCUGGCGGCUGCGGUUCUGUCUACAACGUUCACGAACAGGACGGCCUGAACCAUAAAUACUUUGUCUGGAAGCUCAAAAUCCCUCGCAACCUUUCCGAUCCUUCUCCUGCGGACCAUCUGUUGAACACAUUCUUUGACGCUUAG